GAGCAGCUCUUCAUUCCUGUAAGUUUGCUGCUGGCAGGGAGAGAAUAUGAGGAUUCAUCUAUUUUAAGGCUGGCAGAUUAGCCAACAUUGUCACACCGGCUCCAACAAAGAAGUCAGUCUUUAAGAGGCUCCAGAGGAACAAGUACCCUGGAUUCUGCUGCUCACAUCAUCAUCAUCAUCGUCUGAUGAGGAAUAUGAAGAGGACAGAUAAGAAAAUGGAAGUGUAUUUUAAGACACUGCCGGGACGUCAGGAGACAUUCCUGCUCCUCAUCUUUUAUCUCCAUCUGUGGCGUCGGCCUAUAGCUGAAGCCAUUCAUCCCGACUGCGCCAUCAUCUCUCAGCACCUGAGGGCUCGGGAGGUCUGCCGCCAGACGCGCAGGAGCGAGGCGCAAAACCAGAGCGCCGACAGCGGAUGUAACACAGAGUGGGACGAGAUCGGCUGCUGGCUGACAGCUGAAGUCGGGCAGGCAGUCAACAAAUCCUGCUCGGAGGUCUUCCAGCAUUUCUCCAGCGAUCAAGGGUACGUUUACAGGAACUGUACGGCUCGUGGAUGGUCAGAAGUGUUUCCCCCCUACGACGAGGUCUGUGUUUUCAGCGACGACAGCGAGCAGGAAUCAGAGACGAGUUACCUGUCGACGUUCAGGCAGGUUUACACCGUGGGCUACGCGACCUCGCUCAUCUCCCUCAUCUCGGCCAUAGUGGUGUUCACCGCCUUCAGGAAAUUCCGCUGCACCAGAAACUACAUCCACGUCAACCUGUUCUCCUCCUUCGUUCUGAGAGCCAGCGCCGUUUUCAUCAAGGACACCGUGCUGUUUGCCGACGAGACCCUGGACCACUGCUCCGUGUCCACGACAGCGUGCAAGUCGGCCGUGGCUUUCUUCCAGUUCAGCAUCCUGGCCAAUUACUUCUGGCUGCUGGUGGAGGGCAUGUAUCUGCAGACCCUGCUGGCCCUGACUUUCGUCUCUCAGAGGAAAUACUUCUGGUGGUACAUUUUGAUCGGAUGGGGCCUCCCAUCAACAGUUCUUGUACUUUGGGUGUUGACCAGAUUCUUCUAUGAUGACAGAGGUUGCUGGGACGACACAGACACCGUUGCUAUUUGGUGGAUUAUUAAAGGGCCGAUAACAGCCUCGCUGCUGAUCAACAUCGUCAUCUUCAUCAACGUAAUCCGGAUCCUGGUUCAAAAGCUCAAAUCUUCCACCAUAGCAGGCAACAAUGACACCGGACACUUUAUGAGACUGGCCAAGUCCACGCUGUUCCUCAUCCCUCUGUUUGGCAUGCACUACACGGUCUUUGCCUUCCUGCCCGAGAACACGGGAGUCGCGGCCAGGCUCUACAUCGAACUGGGCCUGGGAUCCUUUCAGGGUUUUGUGGUAGCGCUGCUUUACUGUUUCAUGAACGGAGAGGUCCAAUCGGAACUGCGGCGAUUGCUGUGGAAGUGUCGCAACCGAAAUCACCUCACGUCGGCCAAGCGGAGCGUCACUCAGGUUACGGUGGAAGCCCGCGGGGGGCUCAGGCGGACGCCCUCUACCGGAAACGUCUCUUCGGUCUGAUUUCCACCGAGGAGUUGUGAGAACGUCGAGCAAACUUCUAGAGGAAGGCCUCAACCUGCUGGUGACAAUAACUCGAGGACCCUCCUGCCGGAGGAGGGUGAUCGGCAGCGGUGAGUGAUGGGGGACAUGUCGGAUCGUGUCAGUGUCAGCAGCACCCACGACCUUGACGGUUAAAUCACAGUUUCUUCUAUUAUGGUUGCGCCCAAAAGCUAAAUAAAAAGAGUCGAGGCCUACUGAGUGCGUAAGUUGUGAGGAUGUUGGGAUGUGAAAUGGUUUGGUUCACAGCAGCAGUCUGUAUGUUUUGAGUUGGUCAUGUUUGCUCCUGACGGAUCGAAAAUGACACAAAGAAACGUUUCCAAAUCAUCACCUGAUUUCUUGAAGUUGCAUUAGUUUGUUUCAGUUUCAUUGUAAAGCCAAAGCGCCUUUUUAAAAUAAACGUUUGUCUUCACAGGAGAUCAGGCAACACAACUUAGGUUUAGAAAAAAUAACAUGUGGUUGAUAACUUGUAAACGUUUUUUAAGACACAAAUAGCAAGAAGCAGUUACUUCAUACCUGAACAUGCGACACGUACUGGGUGCUAACUUAUAAUGGAUUUUUUUUGCAUGGAUUCACCUGUUCCUUUAAGCUGCUAUUUAUUGGGAACGUCGCUUACAAGAGUUCUUAUUUUGAGGGGUUGAAACACAGUAACUUUCUCCACGUCGUUGUUGUUUGCCGUUGCCAGAUGGAUUAUUUCUUGCACUACAAACCUCUACAGCUGCUAAGUUCACACCAAACGUUGCGCCACGCAUUCACAUUGCAAUGUGGCAUCGAAAAGGCGCUCUGUCAAGACAAAGUGUCUUACAAGCAAAGUGAGUGUCUCAAACAUACGUAUCUGUGGUGGAAUUUUCCAUUUCUGUUGAGGGUGUGUGAAGGAGUGUUGGGGGGGGAUUUGGUUUAAGCAUGAGGGAGAAUACAAGUACAAAAAGUUUAAACCAACCCUUUAUGAUAGUCAAGAGCAGGAAACUGGUAUUUAGCCUCAAAGGUUUGUUCAACAUACACUCAUCAAUGAAGAACUGAACAGAAAAAAAAUAGUUAAUAAUAGUUUUAUGUUAAAUAAAUGCAUCUCUAGUUAUGAAUAAUGCACUGUUCCAUUUGUCAGUCCACAAUGCGAUAUCAUGUUCAGCUUUACUUUGCACUAAUUAUAUUGUAUUUCUUUGGUUCUUGUGGAUUUAGAAUCAGCCUUUAUAGGCCCCUGAAAUAAAUGAAACACGUGGUUUGACAAGUUGGUUAUUAACUGACCUGUUUUUUUGUGUUUCAGAAUAUUAAUUAACGCUGACUCGGUUUCUCAGGUGAAAAACCCUCAUUUGGAUAAAAUUAGGAAAGAGAGGCAGCAAGUUGGUUGGACAUACAGUUUAUAAUCCUUACAUUAAAAAUACCUGGUUUUAAACAUCGAUCAGUUUCAUACAUGAACGCGUUCCUCUUUGACAACAUAGUGAUGGUGUAUCCAUAAACUUUGUCGUCCGUUUUAAUGGCACAGCUGAGUGAAACAAAGAACAAUCUCGGAAUGCAACAAUGUACCACAGAUUUAUUUUGCAGUCAAAUUUACACAACCUGGGACAUAAAUGUCUGACGCAUGUAACACACGACACACUGUUACAGGUGGAAUAUAACACGGAUGAGGCUUUAUAGAUAUUCUUUUCACAUUUAAGUUACAUAUAUCCUAGUUUAUAAUGCUUGUCAUUACGUGCACAUGUGUACAGAAUACACUUGCUCCAACUUCCACACACACACACACACACACGCGCACACGCACUCUGAAAACAGUUACAUAAACAUACAAAAACACGGUCACAAACAUUACAGGUUUUCUCCAACCUGCGUGCCAAAAAUAUACAUAUACAGUGUGUUGUAUAUGAUCAAGAAAAGACAUCGUUUGUACACCAUGGCAAAUUGAUAGCAGGCGACAUUUAAGAGCAGCGGAGUAACAUUGGUACAUUCAAAAAUUCAUUGGCAAUCAACUGAACUCACACACUUAGUAAAACUGGCUCAAUACGCACAACCGCCAAAGAGAGGGCAUUUAAAAACAGAGAUACAGCACACUGAGAAGAGUUGCGUUAAAAGGAAUGGCUUGACUUUUUGGGAAAAACAGCAAUUUGCUAGCUGUUUUUCACUUAGCUAGUCAAGAUGAGGUGGUUUAUUAGUUGGCCAAGGUCGAGCUGGGUGCUUCUCUGUGUCCCCAGGGUGCUAAAUCCUGCUUCCCCGCCGCAUCAUCACCGUUUUUACCUCAAAUGAGACCUUUUCAAAUCUACCGUUACCCGGGGAGGAUUACAGGGUUAUACAAUAAAGACCCUGGGAACACAGAAGCGCUGUUUCCUCCUGCUUCUAGUCUUUGUGCUACGCUAAGCUAAGCUAAGCUAACUGGCUGUAGCUUCAUUACCAGCAUACAGACCUCUAAAGUAAUACCGGCCCUUCUCACCAAAACCCUCAGCUAGAAAGCAAAUGAACAUAUUUACAAAAACUAUUUGUCUCAGAAAAGUUGUCAAGGGCUUUUCUUUUACACAAAAAGGUAAAUAUCAAUAAAGUAAAUGUAAGAAGUGUGUGUGGAGAGAGGAAUGGUCAGUAAAAGUGCCCCCAACUCAAAAGUUUUUGAAAUUAAAAUAAUUCAGUUUUAUUUAAUAAUAAACUUGAAUCCUUUGCUGCCACUUUGUGGUAAAAAAAAAAA